AUGAUUGUGUUUCGAGAAAUUGCUUUAAGAGUUAUCAGAAGUUUAAGAGCUUGUGCUUUGUGCCAACAAUUUUCCUUCUUCAAAAUAAAUGUAAGCGGCGACGAGCAAACGGAAAGCGGAGUGCGGCUGACUGUGGAACCGACGGAUGCGGUUGCGGCAGCUGGUGAACGCCUGUUGCUGGCGUGCGCGGCAGUAGCUCCUGCGAGGGUCUCUUGGAGGCACAGCGCAUCCGCUCCGCCCACUCGCGACCACACACUGUCGAAUUCCGAUUCAUACAGAAAGCAGCUUUCAAAUGGUUCCCUUGUAAUAGAAAGUAUGUCAGCGACCCUGGCAGGCCAGUACCAAUGCGUUGCGACCCUGGACGGCGUGGGCACCAUUGUGUCAAGAAUAGCCACUGUCUUCCUAGCCGAGUUACCGGAGAUAGUGGAGACAGUGCGUGCGGUGUCGGGUGCCCUGGGAGCGGCCGCUUUGUUGCCGUGUGCGUUGCGGGCUUCGCCGCGUCUUGCUAUGCGGGUCACGCCAGCCUCGCGCACGGCGCCGCCCGAAAGACGCGUAUACGGUGCGGCAGGGAAAACGCACAUUCAACCGCCUGUUCUAAAGCUAAACGUGACUUGGCUAAAGAAUGGCUCACCGGUCCGCAUGGAGACGGCGCGCGUUUCUCUGACGCCGAGCGGCGCGCUGGAACUGGAUCCACUGCGAACGCACGACGCAGCGCUGUACCGCUGCGUGGUCGCACUCGCCAACACGCCUACACAACACGUUACCGGACCAGAAAUCGAUCUUCGCGUCAACACGGACCUGGCGAACGUGGAGUCAGCGCCAAGGUUCAUCGUCGUCCCGCAGCCAGUUACGGUCAUCGAAGGUGCGUCAGUGACUUUCGAUUGCGCGGCUGUUGGGAAUCCUAAACCGGAAAUGAUAUGGCUCAACAACGGCGUCGCUAUAGAUCUGAAGUAA